AUGACCUUCUAUGCCCUUGACUCCUUGGUUGAUAGCAUCACAUUCAUAAGAUUACAAGCAGAGGAAGAAGAAGCAAAGAAGAAGGGGGGUGAGCAGCAACAUGAUGUGAAGAAGAAAAAGAGGACGACUAAAGGGCACUUCAAUCCCAAACACUUUAUGGCAACACAGACUAUGAACUGUUUCCAUACGAUGUUGCGUGCUGUUAAGCCAGAAUUGUUUGCCAAUGAGGACAACAUUGGCAACGAAGUGAAAUGGGCUAAAGUUUAUGUGCAGAAUGAUACUGAUUCAUGUGGAGUUCAUGUCCUCUCUUGGCUACAAGAGUGGGAUGGCACUGCUCGUGAUGCUGCAGGAUAUACCAUGCCACGAUACUCCAAUGAUGAAUUGCAAGAGUUGAAGGUUGGCUGUUUGUGGUGGUUGGUUACCCAUCCCAUAAUGAACAUAGGGAUGAAGUGA